AUGACUGAUGCCAAAGACGGCGUUUCACUGUUCGAUCACGCGUCUGGCACUGCCGUUGCUCCUGCUGACACUGCUCCCGCUCUCGACCGCUCACAGUGGCAGACUCGCAAUGCUGCUGCACGCUACGCUAUUCGCAACCAUCUGCCGAUCAUUGAGCGCGCACAAUUUAGCCAGCACAAGACUGCUAAGGCACUGUAUGACGCUGUAGUUGCGCGCUACUCCUCCCCGGCCACUGCAGCCCUAGGUCGUCUCAUCCUACCCUACCUGUUCCCCAACCUGUCCUCGUUUACCACCGCUAAGGACCUCAUUUCUUACCUUCGCGCUAGUGACGCUCGCUUUCGUGCCGCCCUUCUAGAGGCCUUUCUCGUCGAGAAUCCCCCCCCGAUGUACUUUACUCUCUACUUCCUCGUCACCCGCCUCCCUGACACUCUUCGCUCAGUCAGGGACCACUUUCUCGCCCUAGACCCUACCACUCUCACUGUCGCCGACUUCGAGAAGCACCUCCUAGCAGCCGAAAAGAACAUUAUCGCUGUCGGUGCUGCUCGUGGCACUCCCCGCACUCCCCUCUUUGAGGGGUGCUCCCCCUCCCCUCUUGCCCCCUCCUACGCCUCUGCUGCUGCUGCUGUCGACUUCCUUGGUGCUGAGAAGGUCGCAGCUGCUUCCGCUCCUAGUGGGAAGCGCAGCAGCACUAGGGGAGGCAGGGGCGGCAAGUGUGGUGGACAUGGCGGUGGCGGGGACGGUGGUGGAGGCGGCGGGGGAGGUGGAGGUGGUGGGGGUGGUCGUGGGGGUGGAGGUGGUGGGGGCGGCGGUGGUACCGGGAGCAGUGGCGGUGGCAGCGGUGGUAGUGGGGGAGGGGGAAGUGGUGGUGGCGGCGGUGGUGGGGGCUGGGGUGGAACCGGCCAGACCGGGGGCUCCAGUGGUGGCCAGGGGCAGCAGCAGCAGCAGCAGCCGCAGUAG